AUGGUGAGUGAGUGUUCAUCUCAACUUUGGAAUCCCGUCCAAGCAUCCAUGAAGAAUGAUAUAGCACAAGGAGUCGAGCUAAAUGCUUGGUGCAAAUCGAAGAACACAGAUUUCGGACACCACAGAAUAGCAUAUGGUGAUGAAUUCGUUUGGACGUUCAAGAUAAAUUUAUGGCAAUCAACACUAUACUGGUGUAAAAUGUGGUGGACUGAUGUAGAUGGAAAAUACACUGAAGGUAGUUACGCUAUUUACAAAGCAAAAAGAGACUGGAGUCAGUGCGGGAACGAAUGCCGUUAUUCUGUUCGCAGAGAUGGUAUCUAUCAAAAUAAUCAUGAUAGCGAUGUUCCCGUUUUGGUGUAUCCCUGGCCAAAGUGA